AUGACCCCUCGCAAAGGCCGAGGCAGCCGGCCCAGCGAUUCUGCCAGCGCCACAAACACCAACUACGCCAACUACAAUUUGAACAACCAAUAUCUGCAACAAUACGCUGGCAUCGUCUCGCAAGCAUCUGAUUACGAGUCUGACAACCUAUAUUCAUUCUCUGAUACCCAGCAGCAACCCGCCGUGCCAGCCCCGCCGCCUGUCCGCUCCAACGAGGAGCUCAACAUCGCCGUCCUCCGUCGUCACAACCCCGCAAUCACCUCUAUUCUAUCCCUAGCCCCCUAUGUCGUGAUCUACUCGUUCAACCCCGAGUCGCAACAGUGGGAGAAGAACGGCGUGGAAGGGAGCAUGUUUGUUUGCCAAUUAGUGCAAGGGCUGUACGGCGAAGAACGAUACAGCGUAUUUGUCCUGAAUCGCCGCGGCCUCAACAAUUUCGACCUUCAUUUGACCGACGAAAACAACGUGGAGGUUACAGACGAGUUUGUUAUUCUGAAAUCCGACGACAAAAGUGGAUCCAAUGGAGGUGAUACCCCAGCGUCUCAUAUCUACGGCCUAUGGAUCUAUUCCGAGCCUCCACCAAACUCAACUGCAGAAACACGGAAACUGAAUGCGCAGGUUAUCAGAGAAUGCGCAAUCCACGCGGGGCAAAGUCUGCUUCUGGCGCGCGAACGGGUGGCGGCCGAGCAACGCAAUGGUCCUCAACAGCAACCACAGCAGCAAGUUCACGCGAGUGUGCCGAUGGGUCGAGAGAUUUCACUGAAAGAGCUGUUCGGCCAACCGAGUAUGCAAGAGGACGGCUUCCAUAACCCGAGGCUCGCGGCUCCAGCCGAGGAAAGGGUUUGGGGUGCUGGGCCAUCUGGACAACAAGUGCCAGUGGCCCAAUCCCUUCCUCAAGUGCAACCGGGCGGCGGCAACGUUUUGGGGGAUUUGUUUCGGAAAGCGGGUUUGGUGCAUCAGGGUCAAUGA